AUGAUUUGGAUUUUGGCUUUAACAAAAAGUAAAUUAACAUUAAAUAAAAAUCUUUCAAUUUGGAUGAAUUUAAAAAAUGUUAUAUUUACUUAUAAACAUACAAUCAUUAGUUGUUAUAUUCUUGUUAUUCUUAAUACACCACGUUUUAUCUUUACAUUUUAUUUAACUUGUAUUAAAUUACAAUGGCAAAAUACAGCUUAUAUUGCUGCUUAUUUUCUUUCGUUGGUUCCACUUAUGUUUAAUCUAUUUAUAUUUGUUUUACCAUCACCAAAAUAUCGACCAGAAUUUUUUAGUUUAAUUCAACGUGUCAUAAAGUAUCGGCGUAGAAAUCACUAUACACCAACGUAA